CGAGCCGAACAGACGACGGCGCUUGCUAAUACCCAGCGACGUCGCGACGCUCGUCCACGUGAUCGAGUCGCAGCAGAAUUGGCCAUUCCCGAAAAUCGGCGAAGUUAGUUUUUGAUAAACUUCGUUAAUUAUUUGACGAAUUCCUGAAUUAAUUUAAAGUUUUUAUGGUGGCGUCUUCCCAUUGUAAAGGAAAUAAAUAAAAACGGACAGACUGGCCAUAAAGCAAAUCUAAAAGCUCUGCAAAUUGCCGGGCAAUAAGAAAUAAAACUUUAUUAAGCCAUUUAGGCAUCGUUAAAAGUGUUUACAAUUCAACUAAUGCCAGAUUAAGUGCUACAGCACAUUUAACGUACGAAACUUAAAACUGAACUAGUUUUGUGUAUUUAUUUUGUGCAGCUAUGUUCUGGCUACGACUGUUUUGUUCGGUUCUUUUCUUCUUGGCUGAAGAAUCGUCGUCUCUCAAAUCUGUGAGGAUCCGAGUGCCGGAAGUAGUCAAAUCUGGAGAAACGGUGACGUUAUCGUGCGAAUACGAUCUGGAAGAGGUAGCUCUAUACACGAUCAAAUGGUAUUGGAAAGACUUGGAGUUCUACCGCUUCGUCCCGAAAGAGUCUCCACCAUUUCGAGCUUUCACGAUGAAAUACAUUAACGUCGAUAUAUCCCGGUCGGGUCCGACACAGGUAACCCUGCGGGGGGUCCGGCGGGAGCUUACAGGGGACUACAAGUGCGAAGUGUCCGCAGACGCACCCCUAUUUCACACGGAUAUCAAAGUGGCUCACAUGAUAGUUGCAGAGCUGCCUAACGGUAAUCCCAUGAUGAAUAUCGAGCAGACCAAGGUGGAGAUUGGGAAGAAGAUAAAGGCCGAUUGCUACUCACCAGGGUCCGAUCCCCCUGCCAACCUCACCUGGUAUAUCAACGACGAGCAGAUUACGGAGGAAAACGAAAGCGUAAAACUCUUCGCGAUGGAGAUUGAAACGGACAGCGCUCUAGGUCUGCAUUCUUCCAAGUCUCGGAUAGAAAUAACAACAAACAGGGCUCAUUUCAUUCACGGCUUAAUGGUUGUAAAAUGCGAAGCAAAAAUUUACACUUUGUGGAAGAAGGUCGUUGAAGAUCAUGUCAGAGAUGAUACACCCCAAUUAGCACCGGUUUUAGGUUCAACAUCGUCACAAAGCCAGGUUGAUGAGAUAAUAGAAACAGAUGGAAGCGGCCAUCCAGGUUUAAGUAUAAUAAGUGUAAUAAACUUUUUAUUCGUGUUUAUGUCCGUGCUGUUAAUAAGAUAAUGAAAUGGUGAUCAGCAGAAAACAAAGUGUGCCUAAAUUUUGUUUUAAUGAAAUUUUAAUGAUUAUGUAUUAAUUUUAGUUGUUAUGUAUUGUAAAUAAUGCUGAAAUGUGGAAUUAUAAACUGAUAAUUUUGUGUACUACGAAGUACAGUUUAAACCACACUUAUUAAAAUUUUUGACAUUUGUUAUUAAUAUAGCAGUUUUUUGUUUCCAACUGUGAUCAAACGUAUACAGAAUUAUCAGAAAGAAGCAUAAAUCUUAAAACAACACUGAUUAAGACGUUUAUUUUAUGACAAUUGUUUUUUAUAUCCAAAGGCAAUAAACGACGUGGAAAUGUUUAAGUGGAAGAAAUAGAUCCUGUAAAAAACAUUAUAAAUAUAAAUACUUUAGUAUGUACAAAUGUGAUACUUUUAGAAUGUAAGAUACCAUGUUAUUGUUAUAGCAGGUAGUUUUUUAAUUUAUGGGUCAAAAACUAUACUGAAUUAACUUUGUAACAUCUUUUAUAGCCGUUAUUCGAUGGUCGUGUAAAUUAGAAGCACGAUUGAAUGUAUACAUGAACCGCUUUCGAAGUAAUAAUUUCGUUUGUAUAUCUGGUAACGCAAUUUCUGUAGAUGUUGAGUUAAAUCUAGCCAAUAAAGUUUUG